AUGUUAAACAAGAACAUUCUGCUAUUAUCUCUUAAGAUAAGUCUCCUAGGAACUGCUCUUGGUGGGAAUGUUCUUAUUUGGCCAAUGGAAGGUAGUCAUUGGUUAAAUGUUAAGAUAGUGAUAGAUGAGCUGAUUAAAAAAGAACAUAAUGUGACUGUCCUAGUUGCCUCUGGUGCACUUUUCAUCACGCCGACCUCUAUCCCAUCUCUGACAUUUGAAAUAUACAAGGUGCGCUUCAGCAAAGAAAAAAUAGAAGGAAUUAUCAAGGACUUUGUUUUGACAUGGAUGGAAAAUAGACCAUCUCCCUCAACCAUCUGGAGAUUCUAUCGGGAGAUAGCCGAAGUCAUUAAGGACUUCCACAUGGUGUCUAGAGAAAUCUGUGAUGGUGUUCUCAAAAACCAAAAGCUUAUGGAAAAGUUGAAGAAAAGCAAAUUUGAUGUCCUACUGUCAGAUCCAGUAUUUCCUUGUGGUGACAUAGUAGCUUUAAAACUGGAAAUUCCAUUUAUAUAUUCCUUGAGGUUUUCUCCAGCCUCAACAGUGGAAAAACACUGUGGGAAGGUACCAUACCCUCCUUCCUAUGUUCCUGCUAUUUUAUCAGAACUCACGGACCAGAUGUCUUUCACUGACAGAAUAAGAAAUUUCAUCUCCUACCAUCUACAGGACUACAUGUUUGAUACUCUUUGGAAAUCGUGGGAUUCCUACUAUAGUAAAGCUUUGGAUGGUAGCCAUUGGUUAAAUAUUAAGAUGAUUCUAGAAGAGUUAAUUGAAAGAAAUCACAAUGUGACUGUACUGGCUUCAUCAGUAACUCUAUUCAUCAACUCCAAACCUGAUUUUCCUGUGAAUUUUGAGGUGAUACCUGUUGCCUUCAAGAAGAGCAAUAUAGAUGCCUUAAUUGAACAUUUGAUAAUGCUGUGGAUAGAGCAUAGACCAACUCCUCUCACACUCUGGACUUUCUACAAAGAACUAGGAAAUCUUCUAGAUACUUUUUUCCAAAUUAAUGUACAAAUCUGUGAUGGAGUAUUAAACAACCCCAAGUUACUAGCAAGACUUCAGAAAGGUGGUUUUGAUCUUUUGGUAGCAGACCCAGUAACAAUGUGUGGGGAACUUGUUGCUCUGAAAUUAGGAAUUCCAUUUCUGUACACCUUGAGGUUCUCUCCAGCCUCGACAUUGGAAAGACACUGUGGAAAAAUCCCAGCACCUGCAUCCUAUGUACCUGCAGCCCUGUCAGAGCUCACUGAUCAGAUGACCUUUGGUGAAAGGGUCAAAAAUGCCAUAUCUUAUUCUCUGCAAGACUAUAUAUUUCAGUCCUACUGGGGAGAAUGGAAUUCAUACUACAGCAAAACUCUAGGAAGACCCACUACAUUAUGUGAGACAAUGGGAAAAGCAGAAAUUUGGCUGAUUCGAACAUACUGGGAUUUUGAAUUUCCUCGUCCAUAUCUACCUAAUUUUGAGUUUGUUGGAGGAUUGCAUUGCAAACCUGCCAAACCCUUACCUAAGGUUUUAUGGAGGUACACAGGAAAGAAACCGGCCACAUUAGGAAGCAAUACUCGGCUCUAUGAUUGGAUACCCCAGAAUGAUCUCCUUGGUCAUCCCAAAGCCAAAGCUUUUAUCACUCAUGGUGGAACCAAUGGGAUCUACGAAGCUAUUUAUCAUGGGGUCCCCAUGGUGGGAGUGCCCAUGUUUGCUGACCAGCCUGAUAACAUUGCCCACAUGAAGGCCAAAGGAGCAGCUGUGGAGGUGAACAUAAACACAAUGACAAGCGAAGACUUGCUCAGUGCCUUGAGAGCAGUCACUAACAAUCCUUCUUAUAAAGAGAAUGCUAUGAGGUUAUCAAGGAUUCAACAUGAUCAGCCUGUAAAGCCCCUGGAUCGAGCGGUCUUCUGGAUCGAGUUUGUCAUGCGCCACAAAGGAGCCAAGCACCUGCGGCCAGCUGCCCACGACCUCACCUGGUUCCAGUACCACUCCCUGGAUGUGAUUGGGUUCUUGCUGGCCUGUGUGGCUACUGUUAUAUUCUUGGUCACAAAAUGUUGUUUGCUUUCUUAUCGAAAACUUGGUAAAGCAGGGAAGAAGAAGAGGGAAUAGAUCUAAGUUUGGCAAAGGCCUGAAUGGGCGAUCUGUUCAUUCUCAUCACAGUGACCUUAAUGAAAACACAUUGUUUCAAUAUGUUUUCAAAGUUCCCAAUCCUCUCCCUUAGCCUAGAGGUAAAGCCUAGAAUUCAAUAUCAUUAACUAGUGGGCAUCUACUCCCAAUCUUCCUUAGUCUCUUCCCAGGUGGCUCUCCCCUCUUGUUCCUGACACAGGAACAACUAAUAAUUUUAUGUAUAUUCUAUUCAUCAUAUCAGUUUUUUCAUUAUGUUUAAUCUUAAGAAUAUGCUGACUGACAAUAUGCUGAAUUCUGGGGAGCACACAAAAGGUGAACUGAAUUUGAAAGAUGUAGGGAAGACAGAAGAAUAAAAUGCACAAGUUCCUCUAGAACUUAAGAAUCAGGGAACCAUUACAGGAGAUUAGUAUGUUAUAAGAAGAGUAAUGAUUUUCUUCUUUCAUAAAAAUAAGCGCUUCUGCCUGUCCGAUGUUAUGGGGUCAGAGUCUGAAUUGAUAAUAACUAUAAUGGCACAUCACACUAAGAAAGGUCUACAAAUUUCUAUUGAACACACAGAUAAUCAGAGCCUAUGACCCUGCCUUUACUCUACAAUUAUUCUCAUGUGCCCUUUAAUGCAAGGGUCUGGGGACAGCCUUCAAACAAAAGAGAUUAAUUCAGUCACUAUAUUUUCUCGAGCACAGAGAAUGUCAGCAAUAUGUUAAAGGUGAACAGAUGAUUUUUAGAGG